AUUUGACUUAACAAGCCAAGGGAAAGGCAACGAGAGACAACGAGUGCACGCAUUAAAAUAAUGACAAACCGCCAGCACCUAACAAUUAAUAAACAAUUUAAAUGCUUUUUUGUCUGAAAUUAUGGUCAUCGUUCAUCGCCUAACCAAAAAUCAAAUUGAAGACCAACGAAACUACCACAGGAAGAAGAAGAACCUGAACCUCUUCAUUAACCGCCACAAAUCAGCUUCAGUACUUUCUCUCAUUUUCUUCAGGUGAAAGAAUCGGAGGUCUGUAUUUAUGGGAAAUUCAGGGUCAACAGAUGAUUCUAGUGAUGAUUUCGUUCAUCACCCUUCUUCUUAUGAUGGGAUUUCGGGGACUACUAGCUAUGAUUAUCAUCAACCCUCUUCUUAUGAUGGGACUUCAAGGAAUACUAGCUAUGAUUAUUAUCCCCAACCAUCUUCUUAUGAUGCAACUUCAAAGAACACAAGCUAUGAGGAUUAUCCCCAACCAUCUUCUUAUGAUGCAACUUCAAAGAACAAUAGCUAUGAGGAUUAUCGCCAACCUUCUUCUUAUGCUGGGAGUUCGAAGAAUACUAAAUACCAGCAAAUCGAGCGCCCCACUUAUAUAGCUGAUAAUUUCAGUUCACUUGAUCAGGUUAUUACUGCUCUUAGAGAAGCUGGUCUGGAAUCAUCAAAUUUAAUACUUGGUAUUGAUUUCACCAAAAGCAACGAAUGGACAGGCAAGCACUCAUUCAACCACAAAAGCCUUCAUCAUAUUGGCCGGAUUCCGAAUCCAUACGAGCAGGCAAUCUCCAUCAUCGGCCGUACUCUCGCUGCUUUUGACGAGGAUAAUCUGAUUCCAUGUUUUGGAUUUGGUGAUGCAUCUACGCAUGAUAAGUAUGUGUUCAACUUUUAUCCUGAUGGUCGCUCUUGUCGUGGUUUUGAGGAAGUACUUGCACGCUACAGAGAGAUUGUUCCACUCUUAAAAUUGGCAGGUCCAACAUCAUUUGCACCUGUAGUUGAUGCAGCAAUUGAUAUUGUGGAGAGAAGCCAGGGUCAAUAUCAUGUUCUUGUAAUUAUUGCUGAUGGACAGGUUACUAGAAGUUCAGAUACACCACAUGGAAAGCUUAGUCCACAAGAGCAAGCAACCAUUGAUUCUAUUGUUGCUGCAAGUCACUAUCCACUCUCAAUUAUUUUGGUUGGAGUUGGAGAUGGACCAUGGGAUGAAAUGCAACGCUUCGAUGAUAACAUUAAGCACCGGUUAUUUGACAACUUUCAGUUUGUGAACUUCACAAAGAUCAUGUCCGAAAAAGAGGCAUCAAAGAAGGAAGCAGCAUUUGCACUUGCUGCCCUUAUGGAAAUUCCAAUUCAGUACCGGAUAGCCUUAAAUUUACAACUUGGAAGUGGAAAAUCAAUAGGUAACCAUCGAAGUAACAGGCCUCUGCCUCCGCCUAAGGAAGUUAUAGACCAUGACAAUUCUGUCAGCACAGUUCCACGAAAUGUUGAAUCGGUCGAGCCAUCGGCUCCGGCUGUAACUGAAUCAGUAUGCCCUAUUUGCCUAACGAAUCCAAAGGACAUGGCGUUUGGAUGUGGCCAUACAACUUGCAGGGAGUGUGGUGCAACAUUAUCUUCAUGUCCUAUGUGCCGGCAGGAAAUUACAACUCGCCUGAAAUUGUACAAUUAAGCUUGGAGACUUCAUAGCUGCUGAUUAUGAAUGUACAGAAAGUCUGUCUUCUUUUUUUCAAGUAAAAUUUCUUAACAUUUCCAAUAAGCUAAGUAAUGAUUGGGGGGAUGUAAAGAAUGGUUAGAAUUUAUUUUUUUAUUUAUUUAUUUUUGGGUGUUAUUAAAUAAAGAGUGUUCAUUGAUUUGAAACUUGAGUGCUAACAUUAGCAAUA